CAAAUGUCCUUAUUUAGUAGUAAGGAUGGGUGAUUCAACAGCACUACCUUUCCUCCCGGGAAACACCUUCACUGACCCAACAAGAGUCAACUUUCACAGGGCUCAGACGAUGACCUACAAGAACGGAUUUGCUAUCCCCAAAACCGGCCCCAUCGCGGGACUGACAGAAGCAGAAAUUGAUGAACUUGCCAACUUACAACCUACUCUUACUUACGGCAAGGCUAAAGCUGAACCUCCUCAAGACUUUGUACCUGCUCACGUAGCUUUCGAUAAAAAGGUCCUGCUGUUUAACGCGUACUUCAAACAAACCCUGAACGAAUCAGACAAGGAAUACUACAGAGUCAGACCUGUCAAGAUCUACUACUAUCUUGAGGAUGAUAGUAUCAGUGUUGUGGAACCAAUUGUUGAGAACAGUGGCAUUCCUCAGGGUAAACUUAUCAAGAGACAGCGACUACCCAAAAAUGAUCAAGGAGAGCACUGGCAGUGGAAAGAUCUGAAUGUCGGCAACGAUGUGGUCUUCUACGGCAAAACAUUCCACAUCAACGACUGCAACAACUACACCAAAGAUUUCAUGGCAAGCGAGGGAAUCAUGCUUAAUGCCCCUGAGGGAUGUCCAGCGGAUCCCUACACCCUCUCCCGAAAAGAGCCCCAACAUAGCUACGUUACACCUCCCACAUUCGACAAACUCAAACAGUUCAUCGACUUGGAUCGUCAGGUGUUGAGGUUCAGUGCUGUUUGGGACGAUAGGAACAAUAUGUUUGGAGAAAUGAGACCUUAUACUCUGCACUUCUAUAGAGUUGAUGAUACUAUUGAGAUUAGGGAACAGAGGCAGCCUAACGAUGGACAUGAUCCUUUCCCUGUGCUUAUUGGACGAAAGAAGGUUCCCAAAUCUAGAUCUAAUAUUCCCAGCAACUUCCCCUGCGCGGUGAUGGAGAUUUCCGAGCACGAAAUAACUGAAUGGCUGACCGAGAAAGACCUGAGAGUGGGCGAAACUGUCGUCAUUAUGGACCGACCAUUCUUCUUGUACGAUUGUGACGACUUCACUCAGAGUUACUAUCAACAGAAAUACAAUCUCAACUUCAACAGGGUGCCAGUUGAGUUAGGUGAACGUAAGGUUGAGGUGAAACGUGAGAUUCCUCCCUAUAACGGAUUUGGAAGUCCCCAGGAUUCCAAACAGAACUGUUUAUCAUUGAUUGCUCAGCCACCCAAGAAAGAUGUCAUGAAAAUGCUGGAAAACGAUUUGAAGAUUUUGAGAUACGCAGCAGUAAUGGAAUCUCCCAACCCGGAGGAUAAAAACAGGAAGUUCAUUAUUUCCUACAGCCUUGCUAAAGACGAAAUGCAGAUAUACGAGCCACAUCAGAGAAACGCUGGCAUCAUCGAGGGCAAAUUCCUAGAAUACAGCCAAGUGCGAAAACCUGGAAGUUCUAUUGACAAUCCUGAAUAUUAUACUCCUGCUGACUUUGCCAUCGGAGCAACCAUCGAAGUAUUCUCUCGGAAGUUCAAAAUCGCAGAUUGCGAUCUGUACGUUCUGAAGUAUCUUGAAGCUAAUGGCUCAAGAUUCCCUGCUGCUACCAUCGAGUCAAUCAGAGCUAUCCACGCCGAUAAAUUGUGUGCGCAAGAGAGCGAGGAUCAGUCGGAAUCAAAUGAUAAUUUCGAUCAAAACGAGGAUGAUAUAGCCGAAACGAUAAAAGCAGUGAUGAAAAAGAAUAAUUUUGAGCAGCAUGCCAACAUGCAGCAAGCCUUUCUUCACCUGGAUGAGGACCGGUCUGGGUUUAUCGACAAGGAAAAGUUGAUGAAGACCCUUACGGAUAAUUUUAAUCUCCAAGUUCCGGGCCAUGUUAUUGACAAGGCUCUGAAGAGAUGUGGGGCUAGCACAGAAGGGCAUAUAAGCUACGUGGACUUUUGUAAAUUGUUCACUUAAAGUAAAUCUGGGUGUCAUCGUUAUCUUUUAUUUCUUUUUGAGCCGGCUCUUAUUUGAUGAAAAUAUCUUGAUUUUAUGAGAUGAUGCAUGAUCCAAUGUUAUGUUUUAUAUUAGACCAACCAGCCAA